GCGAAAUCUCCAGCCAAUCAACAGCGGCCUUUAGUUUAAACGCGAGGCGCUUUUCCGACGUGAUUACUGCUAUUCGCAUGUUUUAGCGAUGUAAUUAUUUAUUGAAAUUAUCGCCGUAAGGGACCAUUAAAGUAUACCAUUGAUAAAUAAAAGGAAAAUAAAAACACAAGAUGAGUGUGCUUGGUAAACCGGGGUAUUUGAAGACGUAUGGCAGACAGAAGCGUAGAGUGGAGCAGUGGUUCUCUCCCGAUCUGAGGAAGCAAGCCUUCUCUUUCUCCAGUACACCUUCAUCUGAGGAGUCUUUAAUAGAACUGAAACGCAAAACCAAUAAGAAAAAAAGCAUAGCUUCAACUAGUUCCAGGACUUUGCGUGUGGCAAAGCAGAACGCUUUGAAAGCCUUGUCGAAAGCGCUGGACAGUGAUGAGGAAAGUGAUUUUAAUCCAGAAACAGCUACCAGGAGAAAGCCAAGCCCCAAACUAAUUAAGACUGCAGUCACAAGUGCAGCACCAGGCAUGCAGAGCUCCUCAUCCAAGAAGGAAAAAAAUGUCGGAAAACGCACAAGGAAGAGAAGAAAAAUACAACCAGAUCUCGGCAACAGUGAGAAUGAAAGUGCAACUCAUGUCUCAAACAAAUGUUCAAAUAGCUUCAAGAAGAGCAGAUCUUCUCAUUCCAAACAUAUAAAGCAAGGAGAAUCAGCAGAUCCACCACAUCUGGACAGAUUCGUCACACAGCGCAAGAAAGUGCUCGGCAUGAAAUCCAAUAAUCCCGCUUUUAAACAAAAUCUUGGGAUUUCCAGCAACUCAUUUGAUACAUCAAAAGACCUUAUUUGUAGUGUUCCUUCAUUUUCCCAUUAUGUGACAAAUUGCAAGCGGCCCACAACUCAGCAAGAGAUCGAUACUAAGCCACCUGUUGUGUUGCGCAGUGCUGUAUGCAAUCAUUCCCGCACAGUUUUACGCGAAGUUUCAUUCAACGAUGUUGAGGAGCAGACGAUGUCCUGUAAACACCCACUGCUUUGCAGUACCCCAUCCCUGGAACGAAACCUACAUUGUCUCAAGCCCUCCAUCAGUGAGCUCUCACCCCUUAGCUUUGAUGAUUUUGAUGAGCCUCGUUCAAUUAAUCAAAGCGCAGCAAGUGCUCCAAAAAAUAAAGCAAGGAAAAAUAGUACUGUGAAAGAGGGUACAAAGCACAUACCAACAGAUGAGACAGUGCAGCUAAUAGAAGAGCAAAAUGCAAUAAAUUCAGGAGCAAAGCAUGCAAAUGCAUCACCACCGCUGAAACAGAAGAAACAUCAGACAUGCUCAAAUAUUGAAAUUGCGUCCACUCGAUCACACCUGAAGCAGUUGAAAGAGAGAGCCGUCAUCAUGCUGAAUCAAAGUGAUAACAGAAAAGAAGAGGUGGAGAAAACAUAUAUACCCAGAUCGGAUGUUGGUCCUGCCACUUCCGUCACUGCUACAUCCCAGGUUGCCUCUCCUCUUCCUUUAGAAACACAAGAAAGCCAAAAUACUAGAAUCUUAAAGAAUGUUCCAUGUGUGGAAGACAAUAAAUCAGCAGGACAAUCAUCUGACCACGAAUUUUCUGGCUCUUUCAUGCUGUCUUCUAUCAGCCCUGCACCUGUUACAGCUCCUGGUAAAAUGCCAGUGAAAAAAGAAAAUGUUUAUUGUUCUAGUCGUAAAGUGUGUGUGAGUGGCCUGAGUUCUAGCCGGUGGUCAAAGAGAGGUACGGGUGAGCAAAACAGAAAAAAGAGGACCAAACGGAGAGAUUGCUCAUCCAGUGACCUGCUGCCCACUGGAGUGGAGUCAUACAUGGGGGAAUCUGCUUGUGACUGGCUGCAAAGCAGCAGAGUGAAUGGAUUGCCUAAGACCCCCCUCCGUGUCGAACUCCUAAACCUUCCCGACUUUCUGACUGGUUUCACUCCAGACUCGCUUACAACACACACAUGGGGGCGUCUCAAAGCUGCAUUGUCUGUACACAAGAAGAUGACAGCAUUACCAACUCCUCAUCGGCUGGCUUUAUCCAAGCUCAAGCAUCCAGGGCUGGUAGACACCAGUCUAGAUCUUUUUGGCACUCCAGUAUGUAAUCAAGCUUCUUCUCACCUGCUCCAGUCCAGCAUGAACAGUACCUCCAUGAUUUCUUACAAUGAAGACAUCAGUGAUGCUGACAAAGUUUAUCAGGAGUGUCAGCAGGACGGCCCCAUUUUAUUUGACGACUGCAUUCCACCAGAAUGCAUGAAAUGCAUCGUUAAGAUUGGGGAGGGCACGUUUGGAGAAGUGUUCUCCAUGGUCAACGAAACCAGACAGACCGUGGCUCUUAAGAUUAUUCCAGUGGAAGGCCACCAGAAAGUCAAUGGUGAACCACAGAAAACAUUUGGUGAAAUUCUUCAUGAGAUAAUUAUAUCCAAGGAGCUAAGUGCACUCAACUCCAAGGAGCACAACAAAACCAAUGGUUUCAUCGGCCUCAUUAAUCUUCACUGUGUGCGUGGCUGCUAUCCUGGUGGUCUGCUUAAAGCAUGGGACAAGUUUGACCAAGAAAAGGGAUCUGACAAUGACAGACCUGAUUUCUUUGGAAAGGAGCAACUCUUUCUGAUCCUAGAGUUUGAGUUUGGAGGCAGUGAUUUGGAGAAUAUGAAUGGAAAGCUCACAUCUAUGGCCCAAGCUAAAAGUGUGCUGCACCAGGUUACAGCUGCGCUGGCUGUUGCUGAGGAGGCACUUUCCUUUGAACACAGAGACCUCCACUGGGGAAAUAUUCUGGUAAAAAAUAGUAAGCAAAAGCAUCUUCAGUUUAUUCUGAAUGGCUCAGUACACUCUAUUGAGACACGAGGAGUUCAUGUUAACAUUAUAGACUAUUCUCUCUCACGCCUUGAGAUUGAUGGGUUAACAGUGUCCUGUGAUAUAUCAAAUGAAGAAGAGUUAUUUAUGGGCCAGGGUGACUAUCAAUUUGAGAUCUACCGUCUGAUGAAGAGCGAGAACAAUAACUGCUGGGCGGACUAUAACCCUCACUCCAACAUACUGUGGCUGCACUACCUGGCAGAUAAGCUUUUGACUAUGAAGUACAGGUGCAAAAUGCAGAGCAGCCAGCAGAAAGCCUUUAUGAACAGCCUUAAGUCCUUUCACUCAGAGAUUCUCAACUACCGUUCAGCUAAGGAUGUCCUUUUGCACUGCCCGCUAUUUAAGUAACCUCUAGCUUUGCUAAUUUUUUUUAAUCCUUGCUAUAAAUGUAUGAAAAAAUUAAGAGUACAUUGUAAACUGAAUCAUUAUCAUUUGUAAAAAUGUAAUAAAGUUUUUUUUGAGUUCAAAGAUCAGUUUGUUAUUAAUAUACAGUAGUUUGUGUACAUUGUAAAAAGAGAAAUGAUGCAGCAU